CUCAAGUCUUCCAAGCUUCUCUCUGAGAGCUGUUCGACUAGCGAUCCAUGGAGCUCAACUUUUCAAGUGUUUGGACUGAAUAACUUGUCGACCAUGAGCGAGAAUCAAACGGCCGAAUUCCCCGCACAUGCGGAAAGCCCGAAGGCAUCUCCAAAUUGGCAAAAUUCCGAAAGCGAAAAGACCGAUGAAGGAGGAAUCGACAUAGGAAUGCCGGAUGGUGUUGCGGAAGAUGGUUUCGAACCGAUCAAGCCUGCCGCAACGACAGAUAACAGCCAACUGCAAAAACUACACAGCACCUGCUCUCGCCCUGUUGAGCGCAGUUGGUCCCUGAAUGAUGGAUAUAGUUGCAAUAAUGAAGUGGAUGUGGAAGUCAAUACCGGCGAUUCGCAAGGUACAGAGGAUACUGCGUCAUCUGAUUUUGUCGUGCGGUGGGAUGAGAAUGACCCGAUGAAUCCAAGAAAUUUCAAUAAAGUUAGGAGAUGGAUUAUUGUUAUCAUAUGCUCAACGGGGUCUCUUUGCGUCACCUGCACCUCGAGUAUGUACACUGUUACUUACGAUCAAUUGACCGAGGAGUUCAACUGCAGCCGGAUUGUUGCGACGCUCGGCUUAUCUUUCUUCAUCUGGGGUCUAGGGUUAGGACCCCUCGUUCUAGGACCACUGUCAGAGUUCUAUGGCCGCAGAAACAUAUACAUCACCUCAUUCAUAUUCUUCCUGAUAUGGCUUGUUCCCUGCGCCGUUGCAAAGAAUAUUCAAACAAUGAUUGUCAGUCGAUUCUUCAAUGGCCUUGCCGGCAGCGCGUUCUUAUCUGUAGCUGGAGGGACUGUUGGUGAUCUCUUUGACCGUCAUGAGCUGUCGGCACCGAUGAUGCUGUACACGGCCUCACCAUUUGUAGGCCCAGAAUUGGGUCCACUGGUUGGCGGGUUCAUUAACCAGUAUACGACUUGGCGUUGGACGUUCUAUGUGCUUCUGAUAUGGACUGGCACGUUGCUGGCCAUGCUAGUACUGUUCGUUCCUGAAACAUACCACCCAGUGCUGCUGAAGCGAAAGGCAGUGAAACUCAGAAAAGAGACCGGGGAUGACCGUUGGAUCGCUUCAAUCGAGAAGAUGGACCGGUCAAUCGCGCAGACAGUCUUGAAAUCUCUUUAUAGGCCUAUUCUCUUGCUCACUCUGGAGCCGAUGUGCCUGAACCUCUGCGUAUUUUCUGCCAUACUUCUAGGAAUCCUUUAUCUUUUCUUCGGCGCCUUUCAACUAGUAUUCGGCAAUGUAUAUGGCAUGGAGCUGUACCAACGCGGUCUGUGCUUCCUUGGAAUGUUCGUGGGAAUGAGCUUCGCAAUAGCGUCUGAUCCAUUCUGGCGCCGAAUAUACAGAAAGUUGGAGAAGAAAGCCAACGACGUUGGGGAGGGCUUUCAGCCGGAGUGGCGUCUACCUCCUGGUGUGUACUGCCUGAACCCUGGCGGCACUCGUAUGCUUGUCGAAACGCUGCUAACCGUUCAGCCAUUGCCGGGGGACCCUUGGUCACAAUAG